UUAUUAGGUUAGUUUUUGUUUGGUUGUAUUGUCAUGCGUUUAGUUGUGGUGUUUUAAUUUUGAUUAGUUUCCUACUGUAUUGGUUGAUAAGUCGACUCUUUUAUAAAGCAGGUUUUAAACGUCACAAAGCAUUCAUUUUUGUUUUUAACCUGGUAUAAUUCAAGAAAAAUCUACUUGUUUUAUGUAACAUACUCCAGUCAAUUCUAAUCUAGUUUGUGGCUUAUUACUAUCAGAUGCUAAAUAAUAUUAAUUACAUAAAUGAUUAGUAGAGUCACUUUUAAACUUAAAGUCUUACCAGUGCACAAAUUAGGAAGUCUAAUGGUGACACAAAGUUAAAUCAUACAGUGCAGCCUAUUUUUGAACGCAAUGGCAUUAGAAAACAACAUGUCAGAGAAAUAUGCGCUGCUGCCGGCUCAUUUGUCUGAUGCAGGCAAAUACUCAUAUUGCACGAUGUGCGCCAUCGCUUUGCACGAUUUAUACAACAACGAGUGGGAUCGGUCUUUUACAGAAAACUGUUUGGACAAGCUGAUAAUUCACUUAGAGCUACCUAAUUCUGUAAAACCUGUGAUGUCAUCGCUGCUGUCCGGAGAAUAUACACAGUCGUGGGAUCCUUGUUUGGAGGUUCUGAAAAAAGAGAAAGCAGUAGCAUCGAACUGCUCAGCAAUACUCUACGAUUUCAUCUUGCUUGCUGUCAAAGAAGGACUUAGGUGUGGGACUUACGACGCAAGAUGGCGAGUGCUAGUGCAACAUCUAGCAGAUAACCUUGGAAUUCCCUCAGACACCAUAGAGCAGUAUGAGAUGUCCGUCAUCACUUGCCUGACUAGAACACCGGGACACGCAGAAGCAGACACCAGCCGAGGUAAGACUUCUAACAAGUUUCGCCGCUACGCUCUAGUGGGGCUGGCAGGUCUAGGUGGCGGGGCUCUGAUUGGUCUGACUGGGGGACUGGCGGCUCCCUUCAUCGGCGCAGGCAUCGCCUCUCUCGGCCUGGGUGGUGUGGUGGGGGGCGGUGCUGCCAUGCUGAGUACUGCCGCUGGUGUCGCAGUUGUGGGAAGUUUGUUCGGUGCAGCUGGCGCGGGGCUCACAGGGUACAAGAUGCAUAAACGAGUCGGUGAGAUUGAAGAGUUUGAAUUUGAUCGGCUGGACGUUGAGCAGAUGGACAACAACAAUGAGCCUCCGGAAGUUCCAGAAACGAUCACCAGGUGUCAGCAACUACAUAUCUCCAUCGUGAUAUCUGGCUGGCUUAAAGACGAAGGAGCGGACAGCUACGUGAAGCCGUGGAUGUGUGUGAGAGCUUCGCAAGAGCAAUACUACCUACGCUACGAGAGUAAAUACCUGCUACAGUUCGGGAGAGCCAUAGAGUACAUACUGAGUUUGGCAUUCAGCAUAGCUACUCAGGAAGUGCUUAAGUAUACAGCGUUGUCAGGCCUGCUGUCUGCCAUUACUUGGCCAGGAGCACUGCUCGGGUUGGCAAACAUGAUAGACAACCCGUGGAGCGUUUGUUGCGGACGUGCAGCGCAGGUGGGCAGACAACUGGCUCAUGUAUUACUGGCCAGAGAGCAGGGUUCACGCCCAGUCACUCUGGUAGGCUUCAGUAUUGGAGCCCGCGUCAUCUACUACUGUCUCGCGGAGAUGGCUGAGAGGGGCAAUUGUGAAGGAAUAAUUCAGGAUGCAAUUCUAAUCGGAGCUCCUUGCUCUGGCAAUGCAGAAUACUGGAAGAAGUUCACUAGAGUUGUAGCAGGAAGACUUGUUAACGGAUAUUGCAAGAAUGACUGGCUGCUGAAGUUCCUCUACAGGACAUUGUCUAUGCCAAGCCACGGUGUGGCAGGACUACAUCCCAUAGAACUGGACGAUAGAAGAAUGGUGAACGUAGAUCUUACUGACAUCGUAGCUGGUCACAGUGAAUACCCAGACAAGAUUUGUUUGAUCCUUCGCCAGAUGAAGGUUAGAGUGAAGGAUGGACCCUGUGGUGAAGUGAAGGAGAGAGUUCCAAGAGUACAGACGAUGGACGACAUACCUCCUACUAAGUCGGUUUUAUCGCCAUUGGCUCUGCGUCGUACUCAGUCUGACAAUGUUCUCACAAAGCUGAGCCUAGAAGACACUUCCAGUGAUGAUAGCAAACCUAGCUAGUGCAACUGUGCGUUGAAACUCAACGUGAUUUUAAAUAUCACUCUAGAUCUCUGGAUCAGAUCCUUUAAUCAUGGAUGUCAAAUGAUUCUGCAUUUAAUCAUGACAGUUUUUAAUUUUACAUGCCGUAUUUCAUCAAAAACUUACCAAAUCAAUUCCGCAUUCACUCAUAAUUUUUAAAAAUUGUUAUGUCGUAGUUUAUAAGAAAGUAUCAAAGACAACUUAGUAGAAAAUGCAAGAAUACACAAUUAUGUUAAACAUAUCCACCCACAGAAAGUUAUGAGUCCUACAAAUGAAUAUUUUAUACAUAAUUAUUUAUAUAAAUUCGAUACAGAAUUGUGACUUAACAUUAGCAUUUAAGGCAUGACAAUUGAGUAUGUUUUGCACAUUUAAGUAGUGUCAGUGUCACGAUUUAACAUUGUUUUUUAUGUUAAUUGAUUUGUUUUUGUGUUAGUUUAUAUCUUUGUAUAGAAUGGCUACCAUUGGAGUUCUUGGUGUUUGAGAUUGGUAAAGUGUAUUUAUUUGCAAAAGACAUUAUUUUUAGUAUUUUCCGCCCCAAGUUUGUUUUACUUGUUUCAAUUCACUACCUUUAGAUUAAGUGAAGUGUUUUGAUAAAAACAAAGAAAUACAAGUCAUAAGUUUAUAUAUUUUUAAAAUAAAGUAGAGCUCAGAGAAAACCCCUAUUGUGAUUUUGUAAACUUACAACCACUUUUUUAGACAGUUCUAACUAAUCUAUGGUUACACAACAAGAACUUCUAAGCAUACAUUUUUUAUUAGAUUU